GCGCUCUUCUCCGGAAGUUGACGUUCUGAGUCGAAACAUCGGAUGGUAAUGUGUAAUCAUCUCAAAAUAAGCCAUUGCCGUGUGUACACAUCUAAAUAAUUUGCUGUCACCUGUGGUCCUGUAUGACUUGAGAUAAGGCUGUGGAAUUAGAAAAGAAGCGUCAUGGCUGAUCAGGAGCAAAAAGCAGUUCAGUUGGUUGCUGAGGCAGAGAAAAAGCUGAAGUCUUCAAAGGGACUGUUUUCCUCUCUGUUUGGUGGAGGCGCUAAACAAGAAGAAGCAUGCGAGUUGUAUGUACGGGCAGCAAAUGCAUUCAAAAUGGCAAAAAAAUGGCCUCAAGCUGGCCAGGCUUUUGAAGAGUCCGCUCGCCUUCAGCUAGCCAUGGGCAGCAAACACGAAGGAGCCACACACUUUGUUGAUGCAGGAAACUGUUACAGGAAAGGAGAUCCUAAUGCUGCAAUUGAGGCAUUCCACAAGGCGAUUGAGAUCUAUACAGACAUGGGCCGGUUUACCAUGGCUGCCAAGCACCACAUCACAGUGGCAGAAAUCUAUGAAACUGAGCUGUCAGACAUGGAGAAGGCUGUACAGAACUAUGAGCAAGCUGCUGAUUACUACAAAGGAGAAGAGUCGAACAGCUCUGCCAACAAAUGUCUCUUGAAAGUAGCCCAGUUCUCUGCCACCUUGGAGAAUUAUGAAAAGGCAAUUGAAAUCUAUGAACAGGUUGCAAUGUCCAGCAUGGACAAUUCCCUGUUGAAGUACAGUGCCAAAGACCACUUCUUCAGAGCUUCCAUAUGUCAGAUGUGUAUGGAUACGGCCAAUGCUCAGCUCGCUAUCAAGAAAUACGAGGAAAUGUUCCCUGCUUUUGGUGAUUCCAGAGAGUGCAAACUUAUAAAGAACCUUUUACAAGCUGUAGAAGAUGACAAUGUGGACCAGUUCACUGAGGCGUUGAAAGAGUUUGACAGCAUAUCACGCUUGGAUCCCUUCCUGACUACCCUUCUGCUCCGAGUGAAGAAGCAACUGAACGCUGAGCCAGAGCUGUGCUGAGAUCAUCAGCAGAAAUUGAGGAUGUGAUGCCUGUUUGUGUACCAUUUGCAAGUCGUAUUGAUUCUUUUUUUUUAAAUUAAAAGAAAGCGACCAUUCUCUUAUUACAUAGAAAGAAAAAUGUAAGAAAAUGGAAGUGAGUCAUUCUGGUCUUCCAGAAGGAAAAUGUAUCAUUAUCUAACUGCAGUUAAAUUCCGGUGAUCAUAAAGGAAAAUUUAAAAGAAAACCGAAGCAAACAUCCUUGGACUAGAUAGAGGGGCUGAAGCCUUAGUGUGUGUGGUUGUUCCGCAAAAGUAAAUGUCAUCUGGAGUUGAUUUAGAUAUGGUAUGUACUUUUCAUUUCAUGAAUGAGACUUGGCUACGUUGCCCACCUUAUUAUGUGCAAUAGUUACAGGGUUUAUCACUGAUAACUGGGAAGUGAAGAAUUUGGAAAGGAGGUUCAUAAAUAUUUUGAAUACCGGUUCAUAUUUUUAUGUGGACCAGGGAGGAUAGGAAGACAUCUGGAGAAAACUUGCAAGAGAUCGUAAAGAUUGUGGAGAAUAAAAGAGCUCCCUCUCCCAGAAUGUGUGCUAUGAUUUGUGGGUGGAGGAUGAGUGAGAGCGAAGGAAAGAGGGAAAGGAGGUAGGCUACAUUGCAAAGAUAUUGAAGACAGGAGCAAGAUUGUAGAUUGCUCUCAGGGUUUGUGACUGGCUCAAGCAUUACGUGAGUGAUAUGACAGGUGUGUAUACGUGAAGCUGAGGAUGCUGUUUUCUUCUCUUGUAGAAGUUUUCCAUGUUGUCCUUUAGUGUUAGUUCUGUCUCAUGCAGCUGCCGGAUGCUAAGAGUACAGAUGAUUAUAAUUAGAAUUAGUGGAAUACAAGUUGAAGAGAAUUGUUUGUCUCUGUUUCUAUUACUCUCCAUGCCUUGUGAUAUAACUGUUUCUCGUAAUUUCUGUACAUAAUAUUGUUUCACUUGGAAUAUAAGUUUGAAGUUUGUGUAUGCUCUUUCAAAGUGAAGAUAUCUGCUUGAGAGGAUGGGAUUUUUGCAAUGGCAUUUUUGAAACUUCUAAUUUCCCUUUUUACCUUUUAAGUGUUUAUGGCCUUUAUUAAGCUGAGCUGUGGGGGUCAGGUACUUUUAGUUUACCAUCUGGCCACUGCGUUGGACUUUAGAGUUAAAUUUUUUCUAAACUUCAAUAUCAUAUAUUGUGAGGUGUUGAAAAGUGAACGUUUUGCAAUAGAAGUGCUAAGCAGACUGAUCACUUUAUGGUAUACUCAGUACAGAAUUUGUAAGCUUUAGAUUUUUUUUAAUCUGCACUGUGCACUUGCCCUUUAAAAAGUACUGCUUUCAAAAUAGUAGAUCAUAUUUUAGUGACAUAUAAUUUUAUUUUCUGAGGUCAAUGAUAGCAGACCUGUCUGUCGACUUUGUUGAAAAAUGUUGCUCACCUAAAGAUGAUUGAAAUAAGCUUACGACAUAAUUUUUCUAUCAAGCCCAUAAGAUUGCUUAGCUGGCAGCAUUUUUUCUCGCAACCUGUUCACCUUAAUUAAGAGUGUUCUUAACAGUGACCUACUCUUUACAGCUUAUGCAGACAGAAAGGAUAAAAGAAGCAAUGAAAAUCACUCUCAUGCACUCGGAUUGCAUUUCAGAUUUUGUGCAUUAUUCCUUAUCAUGUUGAUCAAUCUCUCUAUGGUAGAAAUAUUGUAAUUCCUUUUUACAAAUUGAAGUCCACACUUGCAAACUCUUGACUGCUUGAGAAGCUCCACGCUAAAUGUUGUUUUUGGUUCCACCACACGCUCUGUAUUUUUGAUAUUGUGAUUCCACUCUUUCCUGACUAUCCAGAUGGAUGGGGAUUAUGUACGUUCCAGAAUGAUUGCUUCAUGCGAAAUAGUUUCAUCUUUUCCCUUGUUAUAACUCAUAAAAAUGAUGCAUUGUUUUCAUCAGUUUGAUAAUUUCUGAGAAUUAAAAAAAAAAACUGAAUGUAGGUGGCGAUCAUAUUUUCAUCAUUUACUGUUGUUGGAGUGCAUGAUGCUCCUGUUUUCUUUUUCCGUUUUUGACUGUCUGAAUAUAUUUCUUUAAAAACACUUGUUGGUUCUUAAGUUUUCUGUUGUUAGUACAUAAUUAAAUGAAUGAAAGCUGGAAACAUUUUGCUGAAGCAAUUCUGUUGUCACUGCAGGCCUUAGUAUUCUGUCACAUGCUUGCCAAAUAGUUAUGUGUUGUGCAUUGAGAACUAGUAAAGUUAAAGUUCAGAGAUUGUCAAUUGAUACAAUGAAAUAUUUGCAUGCACACUUCAAUGUUAGCAUAGCACCUGAGAAAAUACCACAUUUUCGUUUGUACUGGUCACAUGUACAAUGGAUUUUCUUCAAUUUCAUAGAUAUUUCCCAGAAUUGCUAAUACUGUUCAUUUGUACCGGGAGGGGAUGGAUUUUUAGUUUAACACUUUUUUAAAAGCAAGUGGUUAGUACUCUUAUUUCUGAGACCUACGUAUAACUUUAUUCUCAUUCAAUAUUUUUUCCUCUUUUGCUUUAUUGUUCCUUAAGACCUAGAAUUGAAAUGAUGUUUAGCAUGUCAUCUGGGACUUUUUUUCUUUUUGUGUUAUUGUCUUCGGCCUUCAUGAAUCUGUCCAUGCUAUUCAGUACCCAGAUUCCUUUAAAUUUUUCUUAAGAUUUGCCCUAAGAUUUUUUUAUUUCUUCCCUCGCUGCUGCUGCUUGUAGUAAAUUGUAAUUAUUCUUGCUGUGUUUACAAUGCUCCCAGUUAUGUCAAAUUUAGGUGUCUUGUCUAUCGUUAUUUUUAGGAACUAAGGAAAAAAGUAGAGAUGUACAAUGUACUUCGGAUGAUAUGACUUUAUGCCUAGGUUUAUAUGUUUGUUUCCAGGAAAACUUCACUUUUCCUUUAUUUUGUAAAAAAAAAAUACUCAGGUUGUUGGAAUUGCAAUCUGGCUUUCCCUCUUUAUUUAAGUCCGAAUUUUAAAUAUGGAAUGGUUUAGUAUGCGAGUCCUGGUGUUUGAAUGUGUCUGAGCAUGUGGAUACUCAAAGUACAUUCUUGAAAAACCUUAUUCUUUGUGCAGCAAACUGUAUCCAGGCACUGUAUCUAAAUGCUGGCCCUGGCCAAUGUGAUUUUAGGUCUAAAGUUAUUUUGUAUUUUUAUUAUUACUUGUUCGUUUUUUGUUUUUUUGCCGUUACCAAUUCGAUAUAUUUCCAUACUUCUCAAUAUAAUAUAUGUUUUGGUGUUUUUUUUCAAAUAGUCAAUGUCAACAUCAGACUUUAAUAAAUAGAACGAAUGUCAUGCGUGGAUAAAUUUUCCAAUCAUUUUUCCUUUGUCAUUUGCUUUUCACUGGUUCACAAAGAAAAACCACAUCUAGUAGUGAUGGCAGCCUGAGGAUAAUGACUGUACUCAGUUUUGUGGACUAAAGAAAGGGAGUUUUGUCUUGAGCUUCAACACAAGUUCUUGCUUUGCUGUGUAAACAAUUUGCUUGCUUUGACCUUCUCUCCUUGAUAUCCUUAAUAUCAUAAAUUAACAGACUGAAAUUCAGAAGGCAAGUGUCUGAUUCGGGGCAUUAAUGUUUAAUACCGUAUAUUAUGGUUUUUGAUGCAGCCGGAAAGAAAAGAUUUCAUGUUUUAACAAUCCUUUUAAUUUUAAAGAGCUUUGCAUACAAUGUAAAUGUAUAUUUUCUGCUAGUCAUAAUAGCCAUUAUAAUUUACAGGCUUCAUGAGCAACUUAUUUCAUAUUGCCAAAGCAAGAAAUAAAGUUGUGAGGACCCCG